CCCCUCCCGCUGCUGCUGCUGCCGCCGACGCGGCCUCCGGCGCCUCCGAGUCCUGCUUGUUCAUCGAGCCCAUGCAGUGGAUGGCUGGCAGCAUCACCGGGGUGAUAGCGGGCAAGCUGCACUGCCCAAAGUGCUCCGCGAGGCUGGGGUCGUUCAACUGGUCAGGCAUCUCCAACCCCGCGGGUGCCUGGGUGACCCCUGCCUUCCAGCUACACCACUCCAAGAUCGACACCGUGCUUCCCAAACCGCUCGAUGCCAUCGCAAACGUCCGGAGGCCGCUGCUACCUCCCGGGGUAGCUGGUGGUCCCGCAAGAGCCGG